AUAAAUAAAUAAAUAAAUAAUAAUGGUCCGCAAACUCCUCGAGUCGGCAGGAUAGAUUCAAAUAAAUUUAAAUCACAGUAAAAUCCUGCUAUUGAGUGGUAAUAUGGUUUGUUACCAUAAGCAAGAAGAGUGGUCGAAUAAAGUGUGUCAUGACGCUACUCAGCCCGCUGUUAAAGUAUUUGCUAUUAAUUUACAAAGUGCGCAUGAAGACGGUGAAACCUGGCAGUUUGACUUAGAAGCAUAUAGGAAACAAAUACAUUUUAGAACAGUUUGGCUUCAAGGCUUCAUUGAAGAAGUGACUGACGUAAACAACUUUAUGCUGAAGGAUUCUACUGGAAGCCUCAAAGUUUUUAGUUGCGAUUGUGUUCCUGGCGACAAGAGCUGGAUAAAUGAUGGUGCCUACUGCUCGGUGGUGGGAACCCUGGUGAGGUCGGGGGCAGUGCCCGAGGUGGCGACCUUGAAGCUGGCGGACCUGAGCGCGAACCCCGCCCACCGAGCGCUGUGGGGCCUCGAGGUGCGGGAACUGCAGCUGCUGCUGGCGUGCGGCGUCGGGCUGCGGGCGUGACCCGCGGUCCCGUCGCGGGUUCCCCCGGAGAGAGCUCGACAGAAGAGUCUGCCGUGUUGGGAGCACGCCACUCUACGAGCCACCUCGGAACACUCAGUUUUGUGACGAAUUUUCAUUUCGUAAAAUUCAGCAUGCACUUAGAAUUUAUGUUUUGUUGAAUCUUAUCUUAGUGGAUUUGAUUUUAAUGAGUACAAUUAUGAUUGUUUGUGGAUUCGUUAGGUAGCACUCAAGACUUGAGCACGUACGCAUCUGCUUCGUGUUGUUGAUUGGACUACACUGCUCUUUACGACCCUGAGCCAGUCAUAGACAAGGAGAAGAAGUUGUUACCCUGUCAGGUGUAACCAGCGAAAGAUUGUUACUAUUGACCAAUGAGCAUUCUAAAAAGACUUGAUUUUAUAAUAGGCAAGUUGUGUCCAUCGUGGACUGAAAUGAAUCUGUGAAAAAAAAAUAGUGGCUCUUUCAACGACGAAUUGUCAUGUCUUGGUCUACUGUGAAAACAAAAUGUAAGUUGUUAUUACUAAGGGUUUCACCAUACAGGCAGGUUCAGCGAGUGAAAUACUCUGCCUCCCAAGUGCAAGGCUGUGAUUUGAAGCACAGUUUUUCCAGUGUACAUUAGGCAACUGGGAGAUAAUGGGUUUGACUAUAAAUUUCUGUGGUGUAUAAUUGAAAAUAAAGGUGUAAUGCAUGUA